AUGAGUUCCUCCUCGCUGCUGGGGGAGAGCUCCCUCGAGCCCCCGGUGCUGCUGAGCGACAUCAAGACGGAGCCCCCCGAAGAGCUGCUGGCGACCGACUGCAACCAGCCUCAGGCCGAGCCGGUGGACCUGUCUCUGCAUAAGCCCAAAGGCUCCCUGCAGCCUCCCACCAUCCGCUCAGCGCCCCUGCCAGCUGCACCGCCGGCCCCCGUGGUGUCCAUGUCCCCUGCUGGGCUGGGCUCCUCGGCCAUCCCCGCCGUGCUCUCCCCCGGCUCCAUCCUGGCGUCCACGCAGGGCAGUGGCGGGCAGCAGAUUCUGCACGUCAUCCAUACCAUCCCUUCGGUCAACCUGCCCAGCAAGAUGGGCAACCUCCAGACCAUCCCAGUGGUGGUGCAGUCCCUGCCUGUGGUCUACACUACCAUGCCCAGCGACGGCGUCACCGCUGCCAUCACGGUGCCCCUGAUCGGGGGAGACGGCAAGAACGCUGGAUCUGUGAAAGUCGACCCCAGUUCCAUGUGCCCCAUGGAGAUCCAGAGCGACAGUGAGGACAGCGCCUCGGAGAGCGGGCCGGCCUCCUUUCCCGGCCCACAGAAAGAGUGAGUCAUGGCCCAACCGCCCCGGACGGAGUCGCCUGACCUGAAGAAGAGGCGGACCCACCAAUGCGACUUCGAGGGGUGCAACAAAGUUUACACCAAGAGCUCCCACUUGAAAGCACACCGGAGGAUACACACUGGAGAGAAACCCUACAGGUGCACCUGGGAGGGCUGCACCUGGAAGUUUGCUCGCUCUGAUGAGCUGACCAGGCAUUUCCGCAAGCACACGGGCAUCAAGCCCUUCCGCUGCUCGGACUGCGACCGCAGCUUCUCACGCUCCGACCAUCUGGCUCUGCACCGCCGGAGGCACAUCAUGAUGUGAGCAGGCCUGCAUCCCAUCAGCCCCUGA